UAGGAUGUUCGUUGCAUCGAGAAACGCAGUCCGAGAGCGGGCGAGAUUAUACACCGCCUUUACUUUGAGCGGCAGAAAAUGGUUGCUCCCCGCUGUACAGAAAUAUCGGUUUCUAGGUGCAUCUUAAUUGGCCGACUGCCUGGGUUUAUUGUGCCAUUCCGUUGCUCAAUAUACUCUUCUAUCCUCAAUAUCUGCAGAAUGCCCAGAGAUCCGCUGAUCGGGCUGGUUGGGAAGCCAUCCAGUGGAAAAUCUACUACUCUGAACAGUUUAACGGAUGCUUCUUCCAAAGUUGGAAAUUUUCCAUUCACAACUAUCGAUCCCCAGCGAGCGAUUGGUUACCUCCAAAUAGACUGCGCCUGCCAGCGCUUCGGAGUUUCGGACAAAUGCAAACCUAAUUACGGCGGUUGUACCGAUGGGAAACGUUCAGUCCCUAUCGAGCUUCUGGAUGUUGCCGGUCUAGUUCCGGGAGCGCACCAAGGCCGGGGGUUGGGAAACAAGUUCUUGGAUGACCUGCGCCAAGCGGACGCUUUGAUUCACGUUGUCGAUGUGAGCGGUACUACAGAUGCAGAAGGGAAGGCUACACGAGGUUAUGAUCCUUCGCAAGACAUUGAAUGGCUGAGGUCAGAAAUCGUGCGGUGGGUACAAGGAAAUUUGAUGCAGAAAUGGGGAUCGGUCAAGCGAAGACACAUGGCUAUAAAGGCAACUGCUGUUGAAACAUUACAAACCCAAUUCUCCGGAUACGGAAGUACACCGUCAACGGUUGCGCGGUGUCUUGACAGGAUCGGAUUAAAAGAGCCACUUGAAGAAUGGUCGGACGAGACGAUAGAGAAAGUGGUACAAUCUUUCAUUGAUGAAAAGUUCCCUACAGUCUUCGCCCUCAAUAAGAUUGACCACCCUGAUGCGGAUAAGAAUAUCAGCAAAAUCGCAAAGAUGCAGGAUCCACAAUCCAUUGUUCUUUGUUCCGCCAUAUCCGAGGUCUUUCUUCGGAGACUUGCCAAGCAAGGCUAUAUAAGAUAUACAGAAGGAAGCGAAUUCGUAGAUACGAGAGAAGACCUUAUUGCAGACGGGGAUCCGGAUGGAGGGGGGCUCAAGGAAAUGGAUGAGAAGCUGCAAAACCGUGUCGAGAACCUCAAGGAUAUGGUACUCUAUCGAUUCGGCUCUACUGGCGUUGUCCAAUGUCUAUCGCGAGCUGCAGAGAUUCUCGGGCUUGUUCCCGUCUUCCCUGUGAAGAACUUGCACACAUUUGCAGCCGGAGCUGGUACUGCGGCAUUCCGGGAUUGUGUUCUUGUCAAGAAGAACAGCACAGUGGGCGACGUGGCCCGCAAAGUCAUGGGCGAUAUACCUAUAUCAUAUAUUGAGGGAGUUGGAGGCGUCCGAGUCUCAGAAGAUGAGAUUGUUGGGGUAGGGAAACACGAUGUGCUUUCGUUCAAACCUGGACGAUAACUGCUGUGUAUGGUUCAAUGUGAGGAUGAAUGAUGAUGCAUCAAUGCUUAUAGAUCUAGAAAAUGUUUCAGCACCAUUAUACACAUGGUAUUGAACCACCACUACGAUAGUGUGCCAUGUACAGAAAAUACUUUUCACCAAACGAUGUUCAAAUUCGCACGAGAGCAGACAAGGUAUACAUUGACAAGCCACCAAGCAUCCGGGCCCCACCACUGGUGCGUCACGAUCACACUCCCUUCUAUGGCCUCCAUGUCAGCAGCAAUCUACACAGCAGUCACUGGCACCGACUAACCUGAGCUCUCUCGUCAUUCAUACCAAGAACAGGCUCGGGCGCCUUUGGAUGAUCCUGCUUGACCUUUCUCUCAUUCUUCCUCCCGCCCCUUUCGGUGGCAGCAUCUGAUGUUCCAGUAUUUCCAGUGCCGUAGUUCUUCUCCCUAUCCUCCAUAGUCCGGCCUGAGCCUAUCGUUUGAGGGUCGGUAGCAUCAUUUUCCUUUUGUAUUCUGUGGGUCGCAUGCUUCUCUCCCGACGAGCCCUUCCAGUCCUUUGUGAUACCGCUGUUAAGGCGGGUUUGGACACUGAGAGUAGGAUGAAUGAUAGCCGCCGGGCUUAAUGACGAACAGAGGGGCCGGGAGGUCAGCGGGCCAUAGAUUCUUGAAGCUGAUGAUAGGUUUCGAGACAUCUUGGUAGAUAAACUAUGCUAGGACUGUUUCUGUUGGAUUCGGGGAAAGCAAACAAAUGUACCUCGAACGCACUGGCAAAUCAUGGCUUUUAUUAAGCCCUCCUUACGCCUACUCCGAAUGAAUUUCAUCUGGUUGAAGACGUAUGACGUCGCCAU